AUGGUUAGCUUUUUUUAAUUUGAAAAAUAAAAUUGAAGAAAAAAAUUUCAGAAAGCUCUAUUUUUUUAUGAAGAAGAAGUCGACAAUACUUCAAACUUGAAGAAAAAAAUGAAGCCGGCAAUACUUCACACUUCGCUCGACUCCGGUUUUUGGUUAGUUUUCUGCUUUUUCUACAUGAUAAAAUGAGAUAAUUUUCAGAAAAACCGAAAGUUUCAAAUCAAUGAGCAAGCUCCCCGCACAAGGAUGGAACUCUAACUUUUCCCAUCCGGCAAAAUCUCGCGAAUUCUGUGGUUCCAACGUAUAAGAGUCGUUCUCUGUUAGUUUUCUAAUCUACUUGAAAAUCAUGCGGGGAAAAUUCAGGAAGAAGCUAAAAAGGCUAGCAGCAGAUGGCUGAAACAGAAGAAAAUGUUUGGCUUACGUGAAUUCCAGCCAUCUUCGAAAUAUUGUUUUCACCUUCUGGGAUAGCGGCGAUCCUCGAAAGAAUAAACAAGAGGUAAUCAUCAAAAAGUAGAGACUCCAUCGAUAAAAGGAACAUUUCAGUUUGAAGCGGACAAAGUCGGAAACUAACCACCGCAUUUUCAAAAAUUUCGGAACAUCUAUCGUCGAAAAAAAGACUUUUUCUCUGAAGUUACGCUCCAGGUGUGUAACCUUAUCUUAUUUACAGAAAAAAAAAACAUUUUUAUUCAGAUUUCAAUAAUUUCAAACUAUGAUAUUAUGUGAAGUUCGACUCAUAUAAUUCUAUUUUCUACAUUUACCGGUCCCAACUCUCAUUCGGUCUUUGAAUAGUCACGCUUCAGGUGGGUAACCUUAUCUUAUCAACAGGAAAAAUAGAUUUUUUCCAGAUUUCAAUAACAGCGAACACUAAAAUAUUAUCAGAAAGCCGAUCAGUUCUACUCAUAUCAUCAUUUUUCUAUAUUCACCCGUCCCAAUUGGAAUUUUGUCUUCAAAAAGUCUCCCCAAGGUUGGUUAAUUUUCGAAAUUCGAAAAAUAUUCCCAUUGUUCAGAUUGAAAACGGAAAAGGCAAAAAAAUCGCCAAUAAGGCAUAAUUUCGGCGUGGAAUUCAGCCUUGAAAAACCUGACGUUCGGAAAAUUGUCUUGGUUAGUUUCCCAAUAAGUUUUAAAAUCAUAAUAAACAUUUUUCAGAUAACUGACGGUUGAAAGCUCAAUUAUCAAAGAAAAAAUUAAAUGAUGUCAAAAAAAUAGAGACGGGACUUCGAAAAGAACAACGAAAACUGUUUUUUUCCUGCUAUUCGAAAAACAGGGCCUCCAAAUGGUGAGUUAUUUCGCAAAAAAACUUGAUAAUUUUGUGAAAUAUUCAGGCCAAAAAGAGCAUCGCUCGGAAUCGUAUCAAUUUCCAGCCAUUCGGACAAUUUUCUUGCAUUUUUCGUUCGAAUUUUCUCAGUCGCAGAAUUUUGAAGCGGCUGUAAAGCUACCAAACGUUAUCAAUGGUAAAUUUUCCGAUUGGUCCAUUUUUUAUAACGGAAGAAUUUUAGAAAAAGCGUUAUAAAUCGAAGAUCUCCGUACGAAUUCAUGAAAGGAAGUCAAAUCAAGAAGAAAAAUCAAAUUCUUCUGGAGCGUAAUCCUUCUCGCAGAUCUUCCUCCCUUUAGUAAAAUGAGAAAAAAAGAAAAUGGAGUAUACAAAAAAAUAAAGAAAAAUAAAAAAACGACCAAAAAACUCCUUCCCCCUUUUUCAGUUGUUCCCCUUAGGUAAUCAAUCACAUUUCAUUGUUCUCGAUAUUUAUUUUACUUUUUAUGUCAAAAUCGUGGAGAGUCUGAAAAAACUCUUCAAGACGAUUUCAAUAAUGAAGAACAUGUAUUGAAAUCAAUUCUCAACCAUUUCUUUUCGCGUUUCGAUACAUGUUCUUCUUUUCACCAUUUUCAAAUCAAAUUUUUCCAUUCAAGCGCUUCCAACAGUUCAUUUUCACUGUUUCGGAGCAUUUUUUGAAGUCAAAAAACCUUUUUUUUGCUUUUUCCCUGGACACGCCAUUCCAUUGAUUUCUGAGUCAACUUUCAAACAUUUUGGCUCAAGAAAUUCAUAUUUCAUAAGUGUCCAAGGAAAAAUUCAUUUUUAAUCAACUUCUUUCCAUCCAGUCUUUCAGAACUGUACGAAUUGUCAGUUUCUGAGAAUUUUUUUUGCGUUUUUCAGCCUUUCUAGAAACUUUUUUUUGCUUUUUCCCUGGACACGCCAUCACAACAUUUUCCGAGUCAAAAUUCAAUCAUUUUUGCUCGGAAAAGUCUCGUUUCAACAGUGUCCACGAAAAAAAGACAUUUUUUUCAUCCAUUUCGAAUCUCUACGAAUUUUUAAAUUCAAAACACUUUUAUUUUCACUUUUCCAAGCAUUUUCGUUUUUUUACAAUGAACACGCAAAAGGUUUUACAUUUAGAUUCAAGUCGUGGUCAUCGUUAAAACUAAAAAAAUUCAUCAAAAAAAUAAUUAUUAUAUUUAGUCGUUGCGGAAAAUUUCAUUUUCACUGUUUCGGAGCAUUUUUUUUGGUUUUUUUAGGCUUUUCAAGACAUUUUUCUCACUUUUUAUCUUUGGACACGCCUUUUCACUGUCUUCUAGGCGAAUUUGCAACAAUUUUUGUUGAAAGAAUUGGUAUUUCAAUAGUGUCCAACGAAAAAAUUGUAAAAAAGAAUUUUUCGGUCCCUCGAAGCUGUACGAGUUCUCAGUUUCGGAAAACUUUUUCAUUUUUCAAACAAUUUUCGUUUUUCGCAAUGAACAAGAAAAUUAUGUUUUCGUUUUCAGUAACGUCGUGGAAACCGAAAAAAAUAAAAAAAUUUUUUCAUUUUUUUCAUUUUUCUCAAAAAAACGUAAUUGCUUUCAAUAAUUCUGAAAAGAAAAUUAUUUUGAAUUUCCCAUUGCAUAAAUCAUGACAAAACUUUUUGAAUCAAUAUUCGAGAAAUUUAGUUUCGAAAUAGCUAUUUUCAGUUUUCCAAAGGGAAAAAAAUGUUCUGGUUUCCCAAAAAAAUAGUAAAAUUUCAUUCUUUUCUAAACAUUUCUCUUGCUUUUUCGAAAUGUUCAGCUUUAGUCGGUCAGCUGAAAUUCCUGAUGAAAAAUUCCAAAAAUUUAGUGACUAGAAUAAAUAAGACUUUUCUUGGUCUUUUUCAUAUAGUUUUAUUCAAAUUUAAGUUUUUUUGCUGGGAAUCGUAAAAAAAUUUUUAGCGUUUUUGGGCCUUCAAAGUGUUUUUUUGCGAAUACUGAGAAGGUUUUUCAAAAUUGACAGAAUUUUCAGGAACCCCAAUAUUUCGGUCGUUUUAUGAUGUAUAGUGUUGGAAAGAAAUUUAUUACUAUGUAUACUUUUAAAAGUAAAUAAAUUGGAGGAGGAUGGACUUUUUUUGAACGUGGAGGAGGAGGAUUUUAAAAAUAUCAGAAUAUUUCUCCUAAAAAUCACUAAGGCUUUAAAAAGUAAAAAUAUUGACUUUUUGAAAUAUUUAUAAAACUGGAGGGGGAUGGAAUUUUGUAAACUUUAAAAAUUGGAGGAGGAGGAACUUUUUGAUAUCAAAUUUCUUGCUUUUAGAGAAUAUUUUCCGAGUAGAACUUCAAAAUGGAACAAGGAUUUCUUUAUUUUUUCAUAACUUUUCAAUCAACAGUACUUAUUUUCAAUAGCUCAUAUAAAUUGACGAGAUUUUUUCUUCAUUCCGUGUAUUUUCUUCACUCGAAUCCUCUCAAUCGGCCGAGGCUACCCUAGAGUGUAUACGGCGUCCGUCCCCGAUCUCCGCCGUUCCCGUACUUGCGAAACUGAGGGAUCUACUUGUGGAAGAACGAGGCGAAGGACCGUAAGACUAUGCUUUCAAAUCAAUCGACUACACGUUUGACUUCUUUUUCGCCAAAGGCGGUGUUAGUGCCGUUCAAAAGAGCGAUUUUUUCACCGCCUAGUCGAUUCCAUCUGACUAAAACAACCAAUUAAUAUUGAUGAAAUUUUGAUUCUUUAGUAAACUACGGAUUUCGCAUCGAAAGUUACCGUUUUUUUUAUUAAAAAUUUUGAGCGAGUUGAGUUUUUUCCGGAGAAAAGAAUAAUCAGGAAUUAUUUUGCCAUAAAAAUUUCAUUCUCAAAGUUACUGUUUUUGGAGGAAAUUCGAUAGAAGAAAAAACUAGCUCUCUCCAAAAAACACCAUUUCAAAGUCUUUUGUUUUCAAAAAAUUGGAAGGGGUUAGAUAAUGGGGUGGGAUCAAGUAAGUUUGAUACAGUUUCUGUACCGAGUUAGUUGACUUUUUUUCAGACCGGUUACGGUAGAAGAGAUCCGGAAGGCGGAGGCAAGCCGGGAAGAGUUCCAGUGGCGCAGUCCGAGUGCGUCUCGAUGCCGAUCGUGCGUGGCUAGUUCAAACCUUUUUCUUUGCGAAAAAUUCUUUUUCAUAAUUUCGCAAUCAAAAAUUUUAUAAGAAUGUUUUUUUGAAAGUCAGAAACCGGUAAAUUUAGAAUUUGGCGAUAGCCAACACUUUUUUUGAUGGCCGAGAAUUUUUUUUAGCGUCUCAUAGCUUUUUAUUUAGUCCUAUCAAAAUAUGAAAAGUUCGAAAAAAAUGUUCCAUUUUGGAUUGAAAAAUUUUAUAUAUAACCGAAAUUGUGAAGCUCAGUAGGCAUGAAACGUAUGAGCUCGGAAAAAAAUCAUUGUAUGGAUAUUCUCAUUUUAUCUCGAAAGUUAAACUUCAUCGAAUGACGGAAAAGAGAGAGAAAGCAAACAUUUUUCACAAAAGCCUAUAAACUUGCCCAUAAAAGUGGCAACGAAGAAACCUUGAAUAUCCUGAAUGGGCAACUCCUAAGAAACCUUCCAGUUGCUUUUUUGGACUCCCAGAAAAUCUCUCUCCGUUUCGGGUGAACGACGGAAGCAUCUGCGAGUGCUUACUGGCCAAUAUAAGCGAACCUUUAUUUUUAGAAAACGAUUUUUCAGAUUUCGAAUUUCCAUAGCUGCUUCAGUUUCAUUCUCAAAACGGUUGACCUGCACAAAAAAAGAAUGAUAAAAAUUAUAGCCAAAAAGUAGUUUGAAAAUUCCCUAGAUCUUUCUAUCAAAUUCAGUUUCAAAUUUUAAUCAUUUGAAAUCCAUGUCAGUCGCCUUGAGCACGCUUGUGCGUCAGGCUGGGCGGCCUGUCCCGGGCUUCGAGUCUUGUUUGUUUUUUUUCCAAAAACAUGCAUGGUCUAAGUCCAAAACCAAGCUCUGAAUAUAUUUUCUUUUUUUACACAAAAAUUCGUUCUAAAUAUAAUCUUUAAUAAAUAUUCAAACAAAUACACAAAAAAAUUUUUAUCUGUCCUCUUUUUCUUCAAAUUUCUAUACGUUUUCAAACCAAAAACCGAACUCAAAAAUAAAUCAAAAUUUUUUCAUCCAGAAUUUCACCGAGAAAAAUCUUUUUCAUUCAUUAUAUGAUAGCUUCUGUUGAUAUUUGAGUUUGAAUUUUAAAAAAAUCUGGGGCCGGUCCAGGUCGCGUUCAAAAAUAGCCCAGGGACCAAUGCGCGGACGAUGGCUCUCGCACAAAAUUGGUCCUAUGCAAAAAAACCUAAAAUUUUCAGAAAAAAAGUAUUGCGCUGAAAUUAGACGAAAUGCGAAAAAGAACAAAUUUCGACUAAAUUUUAAAUAAAUGGUAUCGAAGAUCGAGAAAGAAAUCAUUUCAAUUCAUUUAGAGCUCUCAUAUAAGAUACUGUUCCACGAAAAAUUAUGAGGAAAGUUGAAAAAGAAUUUUAAACAAAAGCAAACCAAACGUUUUUAAGUCUUUACUUUGUUUGAAAAAUAUUGGGGGCACAAAAAUUGGGGUGGGAUCAGGCAAGUUCAACAUAUUCCUAUUUCGGAGUUUACUGAUUUUUUUCAGAACGACCACGAGAGACUGAGGCGCUUCACACAGCGGAUUAUGGGUUAGUACGAAAUUUAAAAAAAGUUAAGUAUUUUUGCUAGUUUUAAAAAAAAAUAAAUUGCUCGAGGAAGAACUUUAUCAGAAAAUUUCCUUUUUUUUUAAUUCAAAAACAGCUUUUGCAUGUAGUGAUCGUAUCUAGAAAAAUUGAAGAUUUUUUCGGAUUUGUACAUUUCUAUUUCUCGCGCGUUUUCGCUUUAGAUAGAAAAAGUGCAAUAUGACAUAAUUCAUGACGUAAAAUCCGAAUUUUGACUCAAAACAGAACAAAAAACGCUCUGACACGAAAUUUUUUUCGAAAUUUUGGAUUUAUCGGCGAUUUGUGUGAAAAGUUAAAUUUGAACACUGUGUGUAUCACAACUAUACAUCAUUAUUAUGAAAUGCUUCUUUCCAUGAUUUAUUUGAGGUCGUUAUCGAAAAGAUUGAAAAAGAAAAUCAAAGUAUAUCGCGCAUUUGUUCGUUUAUGUCGUGUUCAAAGUGAUUCCGCGAACGAAAAUACCCGUUAGAGACAGGAAAAUAUAAUUAAAUUUUAAAAAACUAAAAGAGUCAUAGACCAUUUUGCUUUUCGCGGGGAUAACUUUAAACACAGCAUUAAAAAGGUGAUGAAAAAGAAGUUCAAAAACGUGUUUCAUUUCGAAAUUCCCGUUCCUUUCAAAACUUGAUUGGAGUCAAUUAAGCAACGAAAAAAGUGUUGCUUAGACACUUUUCCAUCUUCAUAAACCCGGAAAGUGGAAAUUAAAGCUCGGCAAAAGUUCGAAUAAGUCCAAAAACGAGCAAUUUUUAUCAAAAAAUAAAAAUUUUGUGCAGGCACCUUUGCGCGCGGGUGCAUACACACAAUGCGCCGUCGGUAUUUACGAACUCAUUUUUAAAUACAUUUUUUUUUUAAUAAAGCGAAAAUUUAACACCUUUUCUUCUCAGUUCAACCUGAGUUUAAUCCAAGACAUAUUUCGAUUGAUAAUCACAAAGUUUUUAGCUCACCGAAGUUUAAUUAUCGCUAAAAUAUUCAAUUUUUCGUUGUUUCGGCCUGCUUAAGCUGGGAUAUUUGCAAACUCGUUUGAACCUCUGUACUUUUACAGUAGUCUCCAGUAUUUGGCGGUAAUUGAGAAGUUUCGGAUUGCCUAAGAUGCUGAAUUAUGAAUUAUGAACCAUAGUUUUAGUUAUUUCAGUCUGUUAGUCCUCAAUUGCAUUGGAAUGAAUAUUCGAAAUAUUCAUAGUCUCCUUUGCUUUUUUUUAAUCAUUGGUUAUUCAAUCUUUUAUUUUCAGAGAAGAUGGCAACAACGUGA